CCUGCAUCUCUCCCGAUUCCCAAUCAGUCCCUGCGUUUUCACUUGGGCGCCGGCAGCAGCUCCUCAAAGAAACCCUAACCCUAACCCCCAAAUCUGUCUAUCCACGACGCUGCACCCCUCCUCUAAUGGCGAAAAAACGAAAGCUUAGCUCCUCCGAGCCCUCCGAACCCACCAAAAAGCAACAACAGGUCGUAGUGGAGGAACCCAAACCCCAAAACGAACCAGCAGAGGAAGUAGUCGAAGAGGAAGAAGAAGAAGUCGAAGAAGAGGAGGAGGAGGAGGAAGAUGAAGGAGCCGACGAAGACGAAGAGGAAGAGGAGGACGAAGAGGGGCCGGGCGGUGAGUAUAAGGAAACCGGUAACAUAACCACGACGUCCGCCUCAGCCGCUUUGGAUCAGGCCGGUGCAGGUGAUGACGAGGACGAGCCGAUCCAGAAUCUUCUAGAACCAUUCACCAAGGAACAGCUUAUCUCCCUGCUCCUCGAAGCUGCCGAUAACCACGGCGACGUGGCGGAUCGGAUCCGGAAGGUUGCGGAUGAGGACCCAAUCCACCGCAAGAUCUUCGUCCACGGUCUCGGAUGGGACACCAACGCCGAAACCCUAACUGGUGUGUUUAAGGAAUACGGUGAGAUUGAGGAUUGCAAGGCUGUUUGCGAUAAGGUCUCUGGUAAGUCCAAGGGUUACGGUUUCAUUCUCUUCAAGACUCGUUCUGGGGCCCGAAAAGCCCUAAAGCAGCCCCAGAAGCAGAUCGGUAAUCGGAUGACUGCAUGCCAGCUGGCGGCGAUUGGCCCUGGCCCGGCUCCUAACGCCGCUGCUGGACCUAUGGCAGCCCCGGCGGCUCAAUCCCAGUCGAUGUCGGAGUACACGCAGAGGAAGAUCUACGUGAGCAAUGUUGGGGGGGACUUGGACCCCCAGAAACUUCUUAUGUUCUUUUCUAGGUUUGGAGAAAUUGAGGAAGGGCCACUAGGGCUCGAUAAGUUGACCGGGAGGCCUAAAGGGUUUUGCUUGUUUGUGUACAAGUCGGCAGAGAGUGCCAAGAGGGCUCUGGAAGAGCCGCACAAGAAUUUUGAGGGCCAUAUUUUGCAUUGCCAGAAGGCCAUUGACGGUCCAAAGCCGGGCAAGUUUCAGCACCAGAACCAGCACCACCACAAGUCACAUAAUUCCAAGUUUCAGAGGAAUGAGAAUUCAGGUUAUGCAGGUGGAGCUGCAUCAGGAAUGGGCCAUUUGAUGGCACCUGCGAGUGGGGGGAUUGGAUUUAAUCAGGGGGCUGCUGCAGCCCAGGCAUUUAACCCAGCUAUUGGGCAGGCACUGACUGCUUUGCUUGCAACACAGGGAGCUGGCUUGGGGCUGACAAACCUUUUGGGGACUUUUGGAACAGCUCCGAAUGUGAACCCAGGUGUUCCUGGUGCAGGACAUGUGAUGCAGGGUGGAUACGGGAAUCAGGCAAGUAUUAGUCCUGGGAUGAUGGGAAACUAUGGAAAUCAAGGUGCAAUGCAAGGUGGCUAUCCUAACCCGCAGUUAGGGCAAGGUGGUUCAGGAAGGGGGCAGCAUGGCGCUGGGCAAUCUGGUGGCGCUCCGUACAUGGGGCAUUAGGUGCCAUGAGAUCCCACGUAGGUGCAUCAGUCUUUUUGUACUGGUCUGGUGAUUCUUCUGAAGUUUAAAAGGAGCUGAUGGUUACUACAAAGAGCAGAAUCUUAAAACUUUCAAAUGAUAUAUCUGUUUUCCACCCCUUUUCUGUUUUUGUGUUUUUAAAGUAGUGUAGUUUUAGUUUGAUUUGUUUAAAAGCUCAAGAGUUUGAGAAAUUACUUAUAAACCUAUCUGUAUUUUAUGGAGUCAGGAACAAAUUACUUUUUUAAUUUCCGAAAUCCUAUGGAUUAAAUGAA